AUGAAGAACAUUAAAAAAUCGGGCGGUAAGCCAGUGUUUAAGAAGGAUGCAUCGAAAAGUAAACAACGCAAGAAUGGUAAACAAGGCGGCAGUAUGGCCGGCAAACGAAAUCAAUUUACAGUAGCUGAAGAAAGACGUUUGGACCGAAUUCGACAGCAAAAUGAACGAAAAGCAGAAAAAGAAGCCAAAAUGUUGAUCAUAAAAAAGGAUAAAAAACGGAAAUUGAAAAUUUUCUCAAAGAAAAACACCAAAGGACAACCCGUGAUGAAGGGACGUAUGGAACUACUACUGGAAAAAAUCGAAAAACGCAUUGCCAACUGA